AACUCUUGUCAGAAAUGCAUCAGCUGUUUAUCUCUAGUGCAAUGUAAUUACUUUACAAUUUGUUGUUAAGAAAAAAUUUUCAUUAUCCGUGUAUAAUUACGAUAAAAACGCAAAAAUGUCGUCUUUUGAUGAUGAUGAUAGCUGGAUGAAUUAUAAACCGAGCGCAAAGUUUCUGCCAGUUGUAGAGGGCAAAACGGCAGAUUGUCCUGCACCCGGUGUGACCGACUUUGAUAAACUGGAGACGCCCAUCUUUAGUAAAAGACAAGUUACACUGCGUAUACCAGCUAACUACAAAGGAAAUCUUAUGCAAGUGACGGUAAACAAGAAUUGGCUAGUUUGUGUGCUGGAUACACCGCAAACCAUUUUGCUGCGCUUUUUUCUACCGCGAGCGCUGCCUCCAGGAGAAAUACCAUUAGAAAAAUACUUGGCAGGCUAUGCAAUUUCAAAAGUGUUCCUCGAUUAUACUGGACACCACACACUCAUACCGAUUGUGCCACAAACUCCCGGGCUAUCUGCAGACUUUCUCUACAUACAUGCAAAUGGUCCAAAAGUGCGACGCGUCGAGAAAUUUAAAGACCAUGAAAUUACAGCUGUCGCCUUUAAUCGUUAUAUGGGCACAGAAUCCUCGACUGGGCCAAUACUGCUGGGUACAAGUCGGGGUUUGAUAUUUGAAACAGAACUCAUACAAGAUGGUUUAUCGCCGCUACACCGAAAACAGGUCUAUGAUUUAGGUUUGGGACGCACUAAGUAUCCCAUAACAGGCUUGGAAUUAUUACGUCUACCAAAUACCAAUAAGUAUAUGGUUAUUGCAACAACACCAGAUUGUAUUUACACAUUCCAAGAAAGUUUGAAACCCGAUGACAGAUCUCUACAGUUCAUUUUCGCCAGCUAUGUAAAUGGACAGCAGGCGCACGGCGCUGAAAUGAUUGAAACUGAAUUAAGCUAUUCGCUGCUGCAACUUUAUGGCGAACCAAACGAAAAACUACCCAAACAGUGGGCGUGGUUAUGUGGCAGUGGUAUACGAUUUGGCGAGAUUUCUACCGAGGAACGUUCCCCUAAUGUCCUGCUUGGCGACAGUCUAAUCAAUUUGGACUUUAAGCAAUAUAAGCAUCUUUCCUAUGAAGAGCGACGUCAGAAUGCGCCAAGAGCACUCGCUUUAACCGAGUAUCAUGCGCUUUUACUUUACCCGGACCACAUUACCGGCAUUUGUCUGCUAAAUGAGAAAAUAGUUUAUGAAGAGUAUUUCCAUGAACAAGUUGGAAAACUGUUGAAUAUUUUACGCGAUCCCUUCACUGGCACCAUCUACGUGUACACGGAUAAAAUGUUCUUCAACUAUAAGAUCAACGACGAACAGCGUGAUGUGUGGCGUAUUUAUUUGGAGAAAGGGCAAUAUGAUUUGGCGGAGAUUUACGCCGCCGAACAACCGGAACAUCUGGACACUGUGCUCAUCAAAAAAGCAGAUGCCGCUUUUGAAAAAGGAGAUUAUACACUGGCAGCAGAUUUCUAUGCGGAAACAACUAAGCCUUUUGAGGAGGUUAGUUUGAAAUUCAUGGAAUUGGAUACUAAGAAGCCGAUAAUACGUUAUGCUAAAAAACGCCUAGCCAUGCUGGAGAAUGAUCCGAACAAAAUAAUGAUACUAGUUAUAUGGCUGGUUGAUCUCUACUUAACGCAAAUCAAUUAUCCACGCCGCAGCGCGCAAGAACGUGCCGAAUGGCAAAGUGAAUUCGAUGAGUUCAUGCAAGGUGCACGUGUAGCAGAUUGUGCACGUCAGCAUAAAGAGCCCAUACGCAAUCUAUUGAAAGAGCAUGCCGAUGCGCAUAACAUCGCACAAUUCGCCAUAUCCAUUGGUGAUUAUGAAGAGGUGAUUGAGCAACAAAUCGGUAGUGACAAAUUCAAGGAGGCACUACACACACUCACACAACAAGAUAAUCUCGAGCUGUACUACAAAUACUGUCCAAUACUUAUGGACAAUUUGCCGCAUGAAACUAUCGAAACGCUAAUGUCACAAGGCAGGAAAUUCGACAUUAAAGAGUUGAUACCCACGCUAGUGUUGCAAGAGAGCGAAAAACAUAUUGAGGAGAUUAUACGGUAUUUGGAAUACGCAAUUUAUAAUUUGGGUGAAACAAAUCAAGCGGUUCACAAUUACAUAAUACAUUUGUAUGCCAAAUAUAAGCCCACCAAGGUAAUCAAAUAUCUUGAGAAUGAGGGGCAGGACAUGAGUUUGAUACACUACGAUAUAAAUUAUGCGAUGAUACAGUGCAAGCUGUUCAAAGCGAAUGUAGCAUCGGUUUUCCUAAUGUGUUUGAAUAAAAUGUGGGCGGCCGCCGUGGACUUGGCGCUGCAAUUCGAUUUGAAACUGGCAAAGGAGACAGCCUCGAAGCCGGCGAAAGAGGAAGAACGCGAAAAGUUGUGGCUGGCCAUUGCGCAACAUGAAAUACAGGAUACUAACGAUGUUAGAAAAGCAUUAGAUCUACUGAAGGAAUGUGAUUUGCUACGCAUAGAAGAUUUGUUGCCAUUUUUUUCUGACUUCGAAAAAAUUGAUGAUUUCAAAGAACCCAUUUGCGCGGCUUUAAAGGAUUAUAAUCAAAAAAUUCUGGAACUCAAACACGAAAUGGACGAGUGUGAUAAGCAAGCGGAGCGUGUGAUCCAAGAUUUGCAGAAUGUACGCGAGCGUAGUAUACGCAUAAGCGCGCAAGAGAAUUGCAGCCUGUGUGACUCAUUUUUAAUGGUGAAGCCAUUUAUGGUUUUCAUCUGUGGACAUAAAUUCCAUAGUGAUUGUUUGGAAAAGCAAAUUUUACCAACCUUAAGCAGCGAUCAAAGUCGUCGUUUGACCACGCUCAAGCAACAAUUGGACGCACUGGUAACGCAGAGUUUCGUUAUGGAUAUGUCAGAGGAUAUGCUCGCUAAGCGUGCUGCAUUAAAAACCGAAAUCGAGGACAUUGUUGCUGGUGAUUGUUACUUUUGUGGUGUAAUGAUUGACAUGAUCGAUCAGCCCUUCGUCAGCGACUGGGAUCAGGUUAAUGUUGAUUGGGAAUAAAGCGUAUGUAUGAUGUGAGUCGACAGUAUAUAUAUUAUUUGUAUUAGUUUUAAGCACGCAUGUGUGUAGGAUAUAAGCUUGCAAUAAACGUAGACAUUAUAUUUUUACACUUAAUUACACUCUAUAAAUGGUAUGCUGAAUUUCAAUAACGAUUAUGCAAUGGUAUUUAUAAUAUAAAUAAAGUCAAAUAGCAAAUUAUUAAAA